UGUCUCUGACUGUUGUCUCCUUUGCUGAUUCCUCGAUCAAUUGGUCAACAUUGGAUCAGGGCAGCAGAAAGGUUCUGUUCAGCUGGAGCCAUCAUCCAUCCUCCAUCCAUCCAUCCAUCCAUCAUCCAUCAUCCAUCAUCCAUCCAUCAUCCAUCCUCCAUCCCUCCAUUCUCCAUCCCUCCAUCCCUCCAUCCAUCCAGAUGAGUGAGCAGCCUCCUCCGUAUCAUCCUUUCUUCCCUGAAGGACCUCCUCCCUCCACCUUCUCUCCAGCUUUUUGCUCACCGCCCACCACCUUCAUGGGCUCCACCUAUCAGACGUUCCCUCAGAGCUUCCCAGCACCAGACCAUGUCAUCUUCCAACCAGGAUAUGCUGGGCAACAGGGGGUGUCAGUGAUGCCACCUGGUUGCUAUGGAGAUCCCCGUGGCAACAAACAGGACUCCCCCUACCCACCUAAACCCACAGUGUUGGUGGUGGAGCAGCGACCCAAUCAGCCGGAGGGUGGCAUCGGCUCAUACCUGGCGGCGUGUUCUGCUGCUCUGUGCUGCUGUUGCCUGUGGGACCUGCUGCAUCGCUGAAGAUCCCUGAACAUCCUCAUCAUCCUCAGCAGCAGCUACUGACCAACUGGUCCAUCAGGCCGUCUGCUAAUGACACCAGAAAUACGUUCCAGCAAAUAUCUGUCACGUUUGGGUUUAAGAUGACAUUAAUCUAAUUGUGUGUUCUGAUUGGACGGUGAGCAGAUCUGGACUACAAACAUGGAGGAUGACGAAAGCAGCUGAAAGCCUUUUCUAACCACUUUCAAAGUCAAAUAUGUCAGAGUUUUCAGAUCCUCCUUCCUUCCUUGUUGGGCAGUUUUAUGAUUUUUAGUUACAUUUACAAGUAAAACUGCCUUCAGUAGGAGGUGCACUUCAGCUGCUUGGAUCCAGUUUCUGGUUCUUUGAGUCCUGAUCCAGAUCCUAGGACUAAAGGACUAGACUGGAAUGCAGACAGUACCUUAAUAAUGUUCUUUAUCACCAUCAUUUAAAUCAUUUUGUUUUUUAGUUCUUAGUUUAAUGUCAGACUUUAUAAACAAAUGUUGCUAAAAAUAAAAUAUCUACAGGAAAAAAGUUUUGUUCUUACAUUUCUCACAUUUUUGUAUUUUUCUUAUUUGAUUUGUUAUAAUUUGAUCUGAUAUAUUAUCUAUUAACAUCAAAUAAACCUUAACUUUUCAAGAAUUAAUUAAACGUUUUAAAUAAAUAAACUAGACAUGACUGUCUGGAGACGAGGCGCGCAGAGGUGGCUGACAAAAGCUGUAAAAGUGUUAAAAACUUUAAUGACAUCACAAAUACUGACCAAUACCUGCAGUGACACGGAAAAAGUGACUAAAGUGACAAAUUGCCUGAGGAACAAGACAGAACUCAACAAAUGUCAUAAGUUAGCAAAACAAAAGAGGAACCGAGGUCAACAAGAGAAAAGCUGAAUGAAGCCUGAAGCUCUGAACUAAAAUAACAAAGUCUCACAAAUCAGGACAAUUCUGUACAAAAUGUAAAACAAUUCAAACAUUUUUGACUGAAAUUUUUACAGGUUCGAUUUAUUAAAACAUUUUAUGCAAAGUUGGACUUAUUUUCUGCUUCCAACAUCAGAAAUCAGGAAACAAACUUUAUGCUAAAUAUUUAUGAGAAGGUUCAGAUCAUCUCUGCACAGAGCUGCCCUCCUUCUCUGAUUGGCUGAUUUUACUGCUGAUCUUCAAAGUGGAACCAUGAGUCCAAACUUUAAAAAAUAUUCAACACUUUUAACUGAAACGUCAAAUUCUGCACUGCAGAACCACCUCUGUCCAGUUGGAGGCGACACAAAAAGCUAAAAUCUAAUAUACAUUUCUUUACUCUUUACACACCUAUAAUGUCCUAAAAUUGAUGUGUGUGUGUUUAUCUGUACACUGUUACUUGUUACACUGUAAAUAAAUUGAAUUAAUUCGA